GAAUUUUAGAGAGUUCUGGCAAAGCAUAAUCUAAAACUAUACAUCCCUAACGAGAAAUACAAUUCGAUGGACCUAUAACCGUAUUAUUUAUACCAUGCGCUUUAAUUAAUGGAUGGUGUGCAUACUACAUGUAAGCGUAACUAUAUAUUAACAUAUAAUAAUUCAAGUCCAAAUGUAUUCGUUUGUAAAAACUGUAUCAAAUUUUUUUGGAGCCAUUACGUACAAGUUAUAAAGCUUUGGAAAAAAAUAAUCUAAUUGUCUUUGAUGGAAAAUAUCAUGUACAUGUACAUGUAUACUAAUGAUCAUUUUAUACUCAACCAUUCAAGAAUUUUUUUAACACGUAAUAUAUUAUACUUAAUACAUUAUCAUGAAUAUCAUAGUGUGUAUUGCUACAUAAUCAUGAAUACCAUAGUGUAUCGUAUACAUAAUUGUGGAUCGAUCGGUUCAAUAUGAAACCUUACCAGUAAUUUAUGGUUUGGGGUGGAUUAUGAAUCGUCUGGUUCUCAUACGGUUGAAGUCUAUAUAGUUUAAGACUUAAAUCUAAUAGAAGUUGAUUGUAUAGGAAAUAAAAGAUGCGAUUUGUUAAUGUAUAGUUGUAACAUAAAAUAUUAAUCCUUGCUAUUUCUAUACGUGCAACCAUUACAUUUAAGAAUAUCUUUCGUAAGUGAAACUUUCUUAAAUUAUACAGAUGUACAUAUAUAAUAUUUUUAAUACGAAAGAUGUAAAUAGUGCUUAUUACUUAAAUCUAGAAGUGUGUGAUUCAAACAAUUUUUUACUAUGUAUAUAGUUUCACAUCAAAUAUAUUUUUUUUGCCAAAUGAUAUUUUCUAUACGUGAAAAAUACUUUUAUAUGGAUCAUUCAUAGUUGGAAUUUUAAAAUUUUGAAUAAUUCACAUAUAUUCCAUAUUGUGUUGACAUAAAUGAGCUUUCGUCAGUUGUAUACAUUAUUCCAUAAAAUAUUGUUGAAUGAUUGUUAUACUGUAAGUAUAGAUUUGUAUAAUAAAAAGUUUUUUGAUUGUUUUGAUUGAUUGCUAUAAUUGAGAAGUUUUUAUGAUAAUGAAAAGUUCAUGUAUUGCAUGCAUGCAUCUAUUGACCCUUUUUGUAGUAGUUUCUUCAAAAUUUAAUUUGCGCAUCUUUGUUAAUAUAUAUACCAAAUCUUAUAAUAAAUGUUAUUAAGCUACUAUACAAUUGAUCAUUUUUUAUUCAAUUGUAUUAUUCAGAACAUUAGUUAAUAGUAUGGACAAAAAAAAUGAACCGACCCAAACCAAACUGACCCAACCAAUUCAAACAAAUUAAAAACUAAAGUAUAUGUCUAGACUAUUUGAUUAAGAUUUUAUCAAUCAAAUUGGUUUAUUUUGGUUCAUUUUAUGAACCAAGCGAAGCUGAAGUGUUUUUACUUAUAUUAGUUAAACAUGAUAAUAAUAUUAAAAUUUAAUAAAUUUAAUCAUUGAUAAAAAUGGAAGAUCAUGCGUAUUUGGAUCCUCUUUCGUCAACUGCUUUGCACCAAGUUGGUUGGCUCCUUAUACUGGCCAAGAGGCUGCAAGUUAGUUUUUUAAAAGUUUCUAAUCGAUAGUCAAAAAAAAAACUUAAACGAUUAAAAAAAUUAUACAUUUUACUCACAAUUUAAAAAAAAAAGAAUUUCAUAGAUUAACAUCAAAAUCAGAAAUCUACUUAUUAUAGUUAAUUAUAUUAGGUUUGAAUAUAAUAAUAUAAAAUUAUCUUUAGCUUUAAAAUUAAAUGUGAAGAAAAUAAUGAUUUAAUGUCAAAUGAUGAUUUGUUUAUGUUUUUAUAAAUUAUAUUUUUGUAACUGAAGUAGAACAAAACUACAAAAGGAAAACUAAUCGACUGAAAUAAACAAACACAAACAAAAUUAAAUUAAACCGCACUAAACACAAACCAAACCAAACUAAAACAAAAUCGAACACAAAUCAAACCUAAGUAAAACUGAACCAAAUCAAACUAUUUUGGGUUGAGCAUAGUUAAGAUUCUCUUAUACCAAAAUAAACCCAACCAAACUUAUACCGAAGCUGUAAAUAAACCGAGUGACGUGACAUUAUUUGUCAAUACUAUAUGUUUUAAAUAUUUAUCAUAAAAAUUCACCGUGCGCGUCUUAUCCUAGUUGUAAUAUAUUUAAUAUUCCUAAACAAAAUCUUCUAACUAUGAUUCGUGGUUGACAAAAAAAAAAGGAAGAAGAAGGAAGAGCCAUAAUAUAAUAUGGACGGCUUUGGAGUGGCCGGUGAAGAUUCACCCACGUGAACUACAUCAAGGAUCUAUUAUUCUCAUCUCCAUAAUUUACUAUAUAGAUGCAAUACUUUUUUUGUGACAAAAAGAAAAGAUGCAAUACUUAAAAAAAAACCAUCAUUUUUACAAAAUUACAGCAUUUAUAUAAACUAUCCUCUAUAUAAAGAGCUUGAAUGAAUCUCAUCUCAUUGCAUCUCACGCAACUAAAACCCUACCAGCAAUACUACACUUCCAAAGUAAAAAAAGAACUAAUGGCAGCUCUCUCCUUCACUCACAACCACCAAUCAUCCGACAACCGCCGUGGUGGAUCUCACAACCACCGUCACGGUCCCAUCGUUGAAGAAAUCGAAGGACUCAUCAAAGUUUUCAACGACGGUUGCGUCGAGAGACCUCCCAUAGUCCCCACCGUCUCAGCCACCGUUCAUCCAUCUGCCAAGGUCACAGCCUUUGACAUCAAACUAUCCAAUGACACGUGGGCACGUGUCUACAUCCCCGACGCCGCAGCCUUCUCGCCCUCCGUUACUCUCCCUCUCCUUGUUUACUUCCACGGAGGCGGCUUCUGCGUUGGCUCCGCCGCUUGGAGCUGCUACCACGACUUCUUGACCGACCUCGCCGUUAAAGCCCGUUGCGUCAUCGUUUCGGUAAACUACCGUUUGGCCCCUGAACACCGUCUCCCGGCGGCGUACGACGACGGAAUUAACGUUGUCUCGUGGUUGAUGAAGCAAGGAUCUAACGGAGGAUAUUCUUGGGUGAAUAAGUGUGAUCUCUCGAACGUUUUCUUGGCCGGAGAUAGCGCCGGAGCCAACGUAGCUUAUCAAGUCGCCCUCAAAAUCACAAACACUUCAAACCUCAAAGGCGUUAUACUAAUCCACCCUUUCUUCGGCGGCGAAGCAAGAACGUUCUCGGAGAAACAACAACACUCCAAGUCAUCAGCGUUGACUCUCUCAGCUUCGGACACGUACUGGCGUCUCGCUCUGCCGCGAGGCGUCAGUAGAGACCAUCCUUGGUGCAACCCUCCGAUAAGUUCAUCGGCGAGGUUACCGACGACGAUGGUGUUUAUGGCUGAGUUUGAUAUACUAAAAGAUAGGAACAUGGAGAUGUGUAAAAUGAUGAGAAGCCAUGGAAAGAGAGUUGAAGGUAUCAUUCAUGGAGGAGUUGGUCACGCUUUUCAUAUUCUCGACAAAUCUUCGGUGUCACGUGAUCGAAUCCACGACAUGAUGUGUCGUCUCCGCAACUUCAUUCAUCCAUAAUCAUUCGCUAAAGCAUUUAGGAACCUUUAAGUAAAUCAAUCAAGACAUUAAAGUAAUUAAGAGUUGCUUUUCUAGUGUUUUCAAUGGAUGUGAUUAGUAUAAACUAUAAACUAGUCUGAUUCCUCCUGUUGUAUUAUGUUGUUUUGAUAUAUAGUUAUAUAAGCUUUUGGUUUAUGUUGUAAUGGCUUGUAUUUCACUAUCAUGUACCCAGUGCUCCUUCUUUGCUGUUAAUGAUAUUGAGAGCUUAAGAUA